GAAUCGUUGAAACAGGUAAGUGUUUCAGCAAGCUUGGUUUGAAAUGAUAACUUCUUGAUGCCUCAUUGUUUUCCCUUGUAAUCUUGCUUCUUGUUCUCUCCACACCAGGUUCUCCUUUUCUAGUCGCCAUUUGUUUAAGUUAGAGGUGUCUGCGAUGGCCGCCCUGCAGAAACCUGGGAGCUCUUCCCUUAUGGGAACUCUGGCCGCUAGCUGCCUCCUUCUCAUUGCCCUGUGGACGCAGGGAGGAUUGGCUGUGCCCAUCAGUUCACACUGCAGGCUUGACGGGUCCAACUUCCAGCAGCCCUAUAUCACCAACCGCACCUUCAUGUUGGCUAAGGAGGCUAGUUUGGCAGAUAACAAUACAGAUGUUCGUCUCAUUGGGGAGAAACUGUUCUACGAAGUCAAUAUGGGAGAGCGCUGCUAUCUGAUGAAGCAGGUGCUGAACUUUACCCUUGAAGAAGUGCUGCUCCCCCAAUCUGAUAGGUUCCAGCCCUACAUGCAGGAGGUGGUGCCCUUCCUGGCCAGGCUCAGCAACAAACUAAGCCAAUGUCAUGCUGACAGUGAUGACCAGCAUAUCCAGAGAAAUGUGCAAAACCUGAAGGACACAGUGAAAAAGCUUGGAGAGAAUGGAGAGAUCAAAGUAAUUGGAGAACUGGAUUUGCUGUUUAUGGCCCUGAGAAAUGCCUGUAACUGAACAGAGCAAAGCUGGAAAAUGGAUGACUAACCCUUCUUGCCCCUUAGAAAUAACAAGAUCCCUUAAAGGUUUCUUUUACCAAAAGGAAAAUGGGAAGCCAAACUUUUUAAUCAUGGGUGGAUUCUAAGUAAACCGCUGCUUAGCUUAAAAAAGAGAACAAUGUCACCUGUGUCCACAGGAUCAGAAGGUAGACCUUCCAUGCUUAAUGAGAAUUAUUGAUAAAAUUUUAUUGUGGUUGGUGUUUUAUACCCAGAAACUUAUUUUUUUUAAAACAAUUGUCUACUCCCAUAAAAAAUAUUACUUCCCAUUCCUUUAGGGAAAAAAAAGCCCUAAAUAACUUCAUUUCCAGAAUCAAUAUUUAUAUUUAUGAAUUUAUUUAUUGUUGUAAGUACACAUUUUAUUUAUGCCAUUUUAAUAAUAUAGAUUUAUUUAUAGAAGUAUUACGU